GCCUGCAGACACGAAAGAUGCUCCUGCGAUACACAGCCCUCGGGCCAUCGCUGGCCGUUCACUGGGCGCAAGAGAGCAAGGUUGGGCCAUACCUGCGCCGCCGCAACUCCUUGCCGACAGAACUUGGCGCCGCCACCCAGGGUGACCCAAGGAAAGUGGAGGAGCUCUUGCAGGAAGUUUCGAACAUCGAGGACCAUGUGGUUAGAUCUGAUUUCUGGCUGGGUGCGCUGCAGAGCACUCUGCUUCGCCUCCAAAGAAACUCAGGUCGCCAAGACAGCCUGAUUUGCGAUGUGACAGGGGAGGCGAGCUCCGAGGAUUUGGCUGAUGAGCUCCUUCUGCAGCAGGCAGAAGCGGCCAUGGAGCGGAUCGCACCCUCGGAUCGCCUCUUGGAGGUCCAGUUUGACACGGAAACGGGCUUUGGAAGCGCGGUGACUCGUUCCUUCUACGCGGAGGUGGCCGGGGCUCUGCAGAAUCGAGCUACGAAUCGACAGGUUCCCAUGUGGGUGGAGGACGACUCCAGUGGCGGCCACAGCAGCAGCAGCGGCGGUGGGGCAAGUCAGCACUUGCGCUGCCGCUCCGGGCUUUGGGUCCGUCCCCUGCCGCUGAACUGCUCUGUGAGGGAGGCUGCCGAGCGCCGCUUCCGCUUCCUGGGGCGUCUGGUGGGUCGAGCUUUGAAAGAUGGAUUCAUCGUCCCCUUGCCCCUGGGGGAGGUCUUCUUCGCCCGGACUCUUCUGGGCCAGAAGCCGUCCAAGCUGCAUGAGAAACGACGAGAACCUUUGGCAAGUUUGCCGAGGCCUGGAGCGGGCUGCGCCGGAGAGCUGUGUGGCGCAUUGGCUGACUUCGCCGCUGCCUUGCGGUCAGCGGAGGAGCUUUAUUGCCACAAGCGGAUUGAGGCGGGCCUGGGCUGGCCUUCGGCAGAAGAGUUGCAAAGCUGGCGCAGAUCUCAGGGUCGGGAGCGUGACUUCACUACCCGGUUUCUGGCAGCAGGAGCCACCCCAGAGCCCAUGUCCUUCGAGGACUAUAUGUCCCUGGUUGGUGUAAGCUUCCUGGAGACCGGUCUGAGUGGCGCUCCUCUAUGUCCCGGCGGAGCAGACCGGGCUAUCACAGUCGAAAACGUUCAAGAGUUUGUGGAACUUGCGCAUGCCUACUGGUGCGACGACGGCGUACGUGGUCAGCUGACAGCCUUCCGAGAAGGCUUGGACGAGGUCAUUCCUGUGGAGUGUUUCAGCGCCUUCAGUGCCUUGGAGCUGCGCGACAUGAUAUGUGGAGAGGACUCUGUGGAGUGGGGCGAGCAGGAGCUGCUGGAUCACUUGCGUCCAUCAGGCGGACUGACUGAGCAAUCACCAUCAUACCAGCACCUAGUAGCCGUCUUGCUGGACAUGGACCAGGUGAACCGAUCUCGCUUCCUCGACUUCGUGUCAUCCUGCCCUCGCUUCCCGCCUGGAGGCACAGCGGCCGCUGCUUGA